GCGUACUGCUCGUUCAUUUGAAACAACAUGGCGAAUCGCACAGUGAAAGAUGCACAUUCUAUCAAAGGAACGAAUCCUCAGUACUUGGUUGAGAAAAUCAUACGCACACGUAUCUACGAAUGUAGAUAUUGGAAGGAAGAAUGCUUCGCUCUUACAGCUGCCUUAAUGGUAGACAAAGCCAUGGAGCUGAGGUAUGUGGGAGGCAUCUAUGGGGGGAACAUCAAGCCCACACCAUUCCUAUGUCUGGUUCUGAAGAUGCUGCAGAUCCAACCUGAAAAGGACAUUAUUGUGGAAUUCAUCAGAAAUGAAGAUUUCAAGUAUGUUCGAGCUCUGGGCGCCACCUAUAUGAGACUUGUCGGGACAUCGUUAGACUGCUACAAGUAUCUGGAGCCACUCUACUAUGACUACCGGAAACUACGGAACAUGAACAGAUCUGGAGAAUUUGAAGUGAUGCACAUGGAUGAAUUUAUUGAUGAAUUAUUGCGAGAAGAAAGACUCUUUGAUAUCAUCCUUCCAAGAAUACAGAAGCGGUGCGUGUUGGAGGAGACCAACCAGCUGGAGCCCCGAGUGAGUGCAGUGGAGGAAGACCUUGAGGACAUGGAAACAGACGAGGAAGAGGAGCUGGUUAUGGAAUCUAAAAGGAGUCCAUCACCAGAGAAGUCAAAGAGUCAUCGAGAUAUGGACAAAGCGAGAAGUCCAUCACCCCGAUUCCGUCGCAGUAGGUCAAGGUCACCACAUAGGAGAGACAGAGACAAAAGUCCAUCCCGACGCAAGAGGUCAAGGUCGCGGGAGCGAGAGAGAAGACAUGGUCACAGAUCACAUAAAGAAGAUGAUGAUGAUAGGAGGAGGAGAUCUAAGAAAAGCAAGAAAGACAAGAAGGAUGACGAUCGACACCGGGAUCGCGAUCGGGACCGGGACCGGGAACGCGACAAGGACAGGUCUCGACAUCAGGACCAUGAUCGGGACCGACGUGAUCGUGGGGACAGAUCACGUGGAGGGGGUCUUAAACAAGAGAUUAAGGAAGCGAAUGAACUACGGGCAAGGCUAGGCUUGGCACCACUGAGGCCAUGAUUGACCGUAUCUGUUAUGAAAGGUUUCUUAAUGCAUGACAAUUGGUAAUAUCCACUGAGAAAGAUCAGUUCAGGAUCUUUGAAAUACAAAUGUUCCUGUGUUGAUGGUCUAUUUCUGUAGGGCAGGACUCAGAUCUCUUUGGCCAAGUUGUGAGAUCUUAACAGCUAUAAACAGCAAUGCAGAUUUCAGUCAAAAGUACAGCCGAAUCUUUCAAAGCUCUUUUGAAGUAAUACUUCCAUUCAGUGCGAGUUUUGUUUCAUUUUCAAGGGAAUCAAAUAACUGUAUGUGUAUUUGAGGAUUAGCCUGAUGUGAAAGUGAAUUUCCCAGCUUUUCAUGAAGCUUGUGUAUAUAUCAAUUUUAACAUGACUAAAAUGAUUGCAAUGUGUGUCAUCUAUAUUGAAUUUCAUGAUCAUUGUGUAAAUAAAGUCAUCAUCAAUGAA